AUGCCUCCCCGAGACAUGCCCGUUCCGGCUUACGAUCCGUACCGACCUUCCUCGCGCGCGUCGCAGUCUCCUACGAAGGUCUUUGGCACGCCACGAGGUUCGAGAGACUAUGCACGUCCGCCAGCUGUAAAUGUUCCGUACGAGCCAGCAGACAUCAAUGGCAUCCCUCGCCCGGGUACUCCAUCUUCACAAUACGGCGGCUCGCCAAAGCGACCUCUUCCGCCGGCACCGCUUUUCGCAGCUGGUAGGCCACCAUCGAUCAACACCGAAUUGGAACCUGAGUCGACCGCGAUACCGAUCGACGGUGAUGAUGAUGAUGUUUUCGGUCCUCCAACAUCAGACUCUGAUGUACAACGUCCGGAUCUGACGGCCCGCGAUAGUUUCGUGUCCGAGUCGACCUCGACAGAUCGAGACAGCUACUUCCCGAAUGAGAAGGAUGAAGAGUUAUAUGGCCCUGCGCCGUCUGGCAAACAUGAACGAAGAGGUGCAAGACAGGCACAGAUGGCGAAAAAGGAGGUGAAGCUCAUCAAUGGAGAGUUGAUUCUGGAGUGCAAGAUUCCGACAAUCCUAUACUCUUUCCUGCCGAGACGAGACGAUGUCGAGUUCACACAUAUGCGCUACACGGCGGUGACGUGCGACCCGAACGACUUUGUGGAUCGAGGAUACAAGCUACGACAGAACAUUGGACGGACAACGCGGGAGACUGAACUGUUCAUUUGCGUCACGAUGUACAACGAGAACGAACUUGACUUUACAAGGACAAUGCACGGAGUGAUGCGCAAUAUCGCACAUUUCUGCAGUCGUGCAAAAUCCCGGACUUGGGGCAAGGACGGAUGGCAGAAGAUUGUGGUGGCCAUCAUCUCUGAUGGUCGCGCAAAGGUCCAUCCUCGAACAUUGGAUGCUCUGGCGGCGAUGGGUUGCUAUCAAUCUGGAAUUGCCAAGAACGAGGUGAAUCAAAGGGAGGUGACUGCGCACGUGUACGAAUACACGACACAAGUCUCGCUGGACUCCGACCUGAAGUUCAAGGGAGCUGAGAAGGGCAUCGUGCCUUGCCAGCUGAUCUUUUGCCUGAAGGAGAAAAAUGCGAAGAAGCUGAACAGCCAUCGCUGGUUCUUCAAUGCCUUUGGACGCGCGCUCAAUCCGAAUGUGUGCAUUUUGCUAGAUGUGGGAACCCGACCAGGCGACGACUCUCUAUACCAUCUCUGGAAGGCUUUCGAUCGUGACUCGAAUGUUGCAGGCGCUGCUGGAGAAAUUAAGGCCGCCAAAGGUCGCGCUUGGAUGCAAUUACUGAAUCCGCUCGUGGCCAGCCAGAAUUUCGAGUACAAGAUGUCAAACAUUCUGGACAAGCCACUCGAAUCCGUCUUUGGAUACAUCACGGUGCUGCCCGGUGCCCUGAGUGCAUAUCGCUACCAUGCAUUGCAGAACGACGAAACUGGACAUGGGCCACUCAGCCAGUACUUCAAGGGCGAGACUCUUCACGGUCAAGAGGCAGAUGUCUUCACAGCAAAUAUGUACCUCGCAGAAGAUCGCAUUCUCUGCUGGGAGCUAGUUGCAAAACGCAACGAGCGAUGGGUGCUCAAGUACGUCCGCAAAGCCACAGGAGAGACCGACGUUCCAGACGCUGUCCCCGAGUUUAUCUCUCAACGUCGACGCUGGCUGAAUGGAGCCUUUUUCGCGGCGGUCUACUCUCUCCUCCAUUUCAAACAGAUCUGGCACACGGAUCACACUAUCGCCAGGAAGAUUCUACUCCACAUCGAAUUCGUCUACCAAUUCGUGCAGCUGGUCUUCACCUUCUUCUCCCUCGGCAAUUUCUACCUCACCUUUUACUUCAUCGCUGGCUCGCUUGCGGACAAAAAGGUCGACCCGUUCGGCCAUGGCAUCGGAAACUUCAUCUUCAUCAUCCUUCGAUACAUCUGUGUCCUGCUCAUCAUGGUUCAAUUCAUCCUUUCCAUGGGCAAUCGACCGCAGGGUGCAAACCGCAUGUUCUUGGCCUCCAUUAUCACCUUCAGCGUGAUCAUGGUGUACAACACCUUCGCAGCCAUAUACAUCGUCGUCAAACAGCUAAGCACGAAUACCGACAUCUCCCUCGGUAACAACGUCUUCACCAACCUGAUCGUCAGUACUCUGAGUACGGUCGGUUUGUACUUCCUGAUGAGCUUUCUCUACAUGGACCCUUGGCACAUGUUCACCUCCUCUGCACAAUACUUCGCGCUACUGCCGUCGUACAUCUGCACGCUACAGGUGUAUGCUUUCUGCAACGCUCACGACGUGACUUGGGGUACAAAGGGAGAUAACGUGCAACAAAAAGAUCUGGGAGCAGCCAAGACCUCGAAGAACGGCACAGUUGAACUUGACAUGCCAUCCGAACAACUCGACAUCGACUCUGGCUACGAUGAAGCCCUUCGAAACCUCCGCGAUCGCGUCGAAGUCGCCUCACCGCCCGUCGCCGAAUCGCAACAACAAGAAGACUACUACCGCGCGGUGCGAACCUACGUCGUCAUCGUGUGGAUGGUCUGCAACGCCAUUCUCGCUAUGGGUGUCAGCGAAAUAUACAGCAACAAGGACGUCGGCAACAACUUCUACCUCAAAUUCAUCCUCUGGUCCGUGGCGUGUCUGGCACUCUUCCGCGCCAUGGGAAGUACAGCAUUCUUGAUCAUUAAUGGUGUCAACUCAAUCGCUGAAGGGAAGAUGAAGUGGAGCAAGGGUAGUGUUGGUUCGGGCAAGAGUGCCAGUGGGAGGAGUACUGGUAGUUGGACUUCAAAGAUCAGUGCACCGAGUUGGAUGAGCAGCGGAGGCAGUUGGGUCAGUGGAAAGAUGAGUUCGUUGGCUCCGAGUAGUAUAGGAAGCUCGAUCUCGAAUCGAUGA